AUGGAAUCGGAAUCAAACCCCGCACCAUUUAUCCGGAGCGAACACAUCUAUCGAACCUAUUGGCUCUACUGGCGUCUGCUCGGUGUCGAGGGCGAGUAUCCAAUGAGAUUUUUGCUCGACUUAAUGCUAAAUUUCUUUGUGACCUUCUGGUAUCCCACACACAUGAUCAUUGGCUUAUUCCGCGAGCGGACUAUGAAGGAUGUGUUCAAGAAUUUACCCUUCACGGCGGAGAGUUUCUUCUGCAGCUUCAAAAUUAUUUGCUUUCGCUUGCGACUGGCGGAGAUCAAGAGAAUCGAACAACUGCUCAAGGAACUGGAUGAGAGAGCUGUGAGUCCGGAGGAGCGUUUAUUCUUUCAUCAGAAAACGCGCAGUGUGGCGGAAUUUAUAUCGAAAAGUUAUGUGGCAGCCGGCAUAGCGGCCACAGUGACCGGCACAGCCUCUGGGCUGUUCAGCAGCGGACGAGCAUUGCUCUAUCCUGCGUGGUUUCCCUACGAUGUGCAGGCCACAGCGCUCAAAUAUUGGAUUAGUUUUGGCUACCAAGCCACAGGAGCGAGUCUGACGAUACUGCAAAAUAUGGCCAAUGAUUCGUAUCCGCCGAUGACCUUCUGUGUGGUUGCUGGACAUGUGAGAAUGCUUUCGAUGAGACUGACACGAAUGGGACAUCACCGCGAAGGUGCCACCAAAAAACUGAUAGAAAAUAUCGAAGAUCACAGGAAGUUGAUGCAAAUUGUUCGCCUGCUGCACAGCACCCUCUACCUCUCCCAGCUCGGACAAUUCAUCUCGAGUGGCAUCAACAUUUCCAUUGUGCUCAUCAACAUUUUGUUCUUUGCGGAAAACAGUUUUGCCAUCAUCUACUACGUCGUCUACUUCCUGGCCAUGGUGCUGGAGCUCUUUCCCAGCUGCUACUACGGCACUUUGAUGUCCAUGGAGUUUGAUAAACUGCCUUAUGCCAUCUUCUCCAGCAACUGGCUCGGCAUGGGCCCACGAUACUGCCGCACGCUGCUCAUCCUGAUGCAGUUCACCCUGGCGGAGGUGGGUGUCAAGGCGGGUGGCAUGGUCGGCAUCAGCAUGAGUGCAUUCUUUGCCACCAUCCAAAUGGCCUACUCCUUCUUCACGCUGGCCAUGUCGUUCCGGUAA